AUGAAUGUUAGAAACACAAAUACUAUGAGACAAUCAACUCAUUUCAUUAAUUCAAUUGACACAAAAUAUAAAACAAUUAAUAUUUCGUUCAUUCAAAGAAUCAACCAAAUUAAAAUUGAUACACAAAAAUAUGAAUUAUAUCAAUUCAAUAAUAAAUUUGUUAUUCUACGAACAAAUAUUAUUAACAAUGAAUAUUACAUUGACGUUGAUGUUAAUCCUGAAUUUAUUCCUUAUAUUCCUACUUUAUCUAAAUUUCUUUCAUAUCAAAAAUGUCAUGAGAAUAGUGUAUUUCAAUUACCAUCAAUCAUCACACAUUUAUCAUAUUUCAGAAUUCCAUUACCAGAUAUUUUACAUUGGAUGAAUAUUGAUAUUUCAUCAUCAUCAGGUAAAACUAAAUUCACACAAAUUCUAUUAAACAGUGAACCAAAAGAAUUAGAAAUUAUUCUUAGAGGGAAUUUGAUUAGCAAACAAUUUCCACAAAUAAAAGUUGAUGAUUUUUUACAUGAAUUUAAUCAACAAACCAAAAUGAAUGAGAGUUUCAAAAUAAUAUUAAAUGAAUAUUUCAAUACAUCACAUGAGAAUAUCAUUGAUAACUUCAUUAAUAAUACUAGAAUUAAUUUAGAUGAGUUAAUUGAAAAUACAGAAUUUUCAGAAAAGAGAGAUGAAAUAAUAUUUAGAAUGAUAGAAAAUGUUGUUAAUAAGAAAGGAAAAAUAUCACCUGAACAAUACGAAGUAAUUAAAUCAACAUCAUUAAGAGAAUAUUCAUUUGAUGAAGAGUAUCUUAUUGAUAUAAUUUGUGUUAUUCAACAUGAUAUCAAUGGACAAUUCAUUACAAAUGAUAGAAAAAAGAAAGCAUUUAAUAUAAUAGAUACAAACAAUGAAAUAAUUAUACAAAAAUCAAUCAAUGAUGGUAUUCUUGAUCACAAAAUAUAUGAAUAUAAUGAUUAUAGUGAAUUUAAAGAAAAAAAUACUAUCAUUUGUUUAAUGAUAUAG